CAAUGUAGUAUUCCAAAGAAUUGCCAACUUCUUCUUCGUAACGGCAAGCAGUUAGAAGUAAACUUGAAGUUUGCUAAUGUGGAACCACCGAUAGAAAACAUUGACAGGUUGAAUAUUAGGAUGAACGAUGAUCAUUUAUUAAUCGUUCUUGAUCGUGAACAAGCAAUCUUGGAUAUUUUUUUUCCAAUAAAGGUAGACUAUGAACGAGUUGAAGUGAAACUAUUAUCAGAUGAAGGUACGGUGUUUUUAUUGUUGUUCCAGGUGAAUCAACACUUUAUUUCGCAAUUAGAGCGUGUUUUGGGUAAGGAAGCUGUUAAAGUAACUACUGGAGAAACGGGUGGAAAUUCUUAUAGACGUCACAUAGGUAAAACGCCUGAUGUAGUUGUAGUGCCUAAAGAUGUUGGACAAGUUAGUGCUGUGCUGAAGACGUGUAAUGAAGAUAGUAUUCCAGUGGUACCGUUUAGUACAACCACUGGUUUAGAUGGUUUUGCCAACACACCCGAGGGAGGUAUAUGUAUCGAUUUGAUGUCAAUUGAUAAGAUAGUGGAAAUAAACACGAGUGAUUUCAAUUGUACUGUUGAACCAGGCGUAACCCACGAGACAUUGAAUCAACAUCUACACACGACAGGCCUUUGGUUUCCUGGAGAUCCAGGUGCGGAUGCAUCCAUAUGUGGUAUGGCUGCUAUGAGCGCAAGUGGUAUAAAUGCAGCGCGGUAUGGUACCAUGGUGCAGAAUGUUUUGAAUUUGGAGGUUGUUCUGUCCAAUGGUGAUGUGCUAUACACAGCUGGGAAAGACAGACGGCCAAGGAAAUCAUCAGCAGGUUAUAACUUGACGAAACUUUUUGUGGGAUCUAAGGGUACAUUGGGAGUGAUAACGCAGGCAGCAGUUCGAUUAUAUGCAAGGCCAGCAGUAUGUAGUGUUGGAAUUUGCCCAUUUCAAACAAUAAACAAAGCUAUUGAGGCGGUCGUUGCUACGUUACAGUGUUCUGUACCAACUGCAAAAAUAGAGUUUCUGGACGCUGCUACAGUGACAGCUUGUAAUCGCUAUAGUAAAUUGACACUUGUCGAAUCGCCCACUCUUUUUUUGGAAUUCCAUGGUAACUCCGAAGCAGAAGUAGCUGAACAGGCCAGCCUUGUUGAAGAAAUAUUCGCCAGUAAUGAUGGAAGAGAGUUCACAUGGUGUCAUGCACCUGAAGAGCAGAAAAAAAUUUGGGCUUCUCUUCAUUCUGCCUAUUAUGCUAUCUUGUCGCAAAAAACUAAUGUUAAGGGUCUCAGAUUACAUUUCUCCUUACCAACGUCUUCAUUAGCUAAGGAAGUCGCGGAGGCCAGGAAGGAUAUUGACGAAUCUGGCAUUUUCGGAGCAGUAGUGGGUCAUGUUGGUGAUGGCAGAUUCCACUGCAUCUUCUUAGUCGAUGAAUCAAAUCAGGAUGAGAUGAAAAUCAUACAGGCAUUAUCGGAUCGUAUUAUCAAGCGUAUAUUAGCAUCAGGUGGUUCAUGCACAGGCGAACAUGGAAUUGGAAUUAAUAAAAGAAAAUAUUUGGAGAAUGAAUGUGGUGAGGUAGCAGUGAACACGAUGAUUGCUAUUAAGAAGGCUUUAGAUCCAAAAGGAAUCAUGAAUCCAAAUGAAUUAUUCCCAAAAAUUUAA